UGACGUCACUCAUUUCAGUAAACUUUCUCGUUUCCGAAAAGUUGUGAAGUUUAUUAUUUAUUUCUUUAUUUCCAGAUAAAUAACUAAAGAAAAUGCCCGACGAUUCCCAAGUGCGAGCGUUCUACGCGGGGAAGAAUUUCUUCAUAACCGGCGGCACUGGUUUCGUCGGUUUGUGCCUGAUUGAGAAAAUAUUGAGGACCAUUCCUGAUGUAGGCAAGUUAUACUUGCUUAUGAGGCCUAAGAAAGGCAAGGAAAUCUCCGAAAGGCUUGAGGAGUUCCCAAAGCAGCCGGUGUUCGAGAAGCUUCUAGAGAAAAAUUCCACUGAUAUAUUCAAGAAGAUAGUACCAGUGGCCGGUGAUGUGGGCGAAGAGAAUCUUGGUCUCAGUCCAGCUGACCGGCAGACGUUGGCUGAGAAUGUGAAUGUGGUGAUACAUUCGGCUGCUACGUUGGACUUCCAGGAGAAUUUGAGGCCAACGGUGAAGAUAAAUCUGCUGGGGACUCGGAAGGUUAUGGCGCUGUGUAAAGACAUGAAGAAUUUGAAGGUCAUGAUCCACGUAUCUUCAGCCUAUGUGAACUCUUACUUGAGUGAGGCCCACGAGAAAGUGUACGAAGCACCGGAGGACGCUGAAAAGGUGAUCUCAUUGGUUGGGACUUUGAGCGACGAAGCGCUGGAGGAGAUUGAACCUAAAGUGCUGAAGUCCCAUCCAAACACAUACACGUUCACGAAGCAUUUGGCUGAGCACGAAGUGGUCAAGUGUGCUGAUGUGUUCCCUUGCACCAUCGUCCGGCCUACAAUGAUCGUGGCGUCGUGGAAGGAACCAGUUCCUGGCUGGACCGCUUCCAAAGUUGGCCCGCAAGGCUUUCUUAUGGGUGCUAGCAAAGGAGUCGUCCGCCGCCUGCCGAUGGCCAAAGAGAACAUAGCGGACUACAUACCAGUCGAUGUGGUGGUCAACCAAUUGCUGGUCGCCGGCUGGCACGCGGCCAAAGACAAGUCGGGUUUGACAGUGUACCACUGUUCUUCGUCCACGUGUCGGCCAUUCCGCUGGGAGAUGAUAGAGCCAGCUAUUAAUGAAAUGCUGCACAAAUACCCGCUCAAAAGUGCUGUGUGGUACCCCCACCUCAAAUUGGUGCCGUCUAUCUGGUUGUUCAAACUGUCGGCCAUCUUUGUUCAUUUCUUCCCCGCUAUACUUCUGGACAUGCUGCUCAGAGUUACUGGAGGGAGACCCAUGUAA